UUAUACGCUACAUAUUUUGUGCGAGGAAAUACCAUCUCGAAAGCACGAGAACCAGCGAGUGGAUAUAUUAGGAAAGAGCACAGCGAGUGCUCUCUUUCUCGCCUUUUUCUUAUCCCCCCUUUCGUCUUGGACUCUCUUCUACUACGUUCCACAAUCAAAUACUACGAUUACACACACACACACACACACACACAGUUUUCCGAGUUGACAUUUUUUUGGGGCAACGGCGUAAGCAAAACGCUUCGCGAAGGGACAGGCAAGGCGACCAGCUAACUUGAGCAUCACAAAUUCAACGAAAUCGGAGUACGAACCUUAGAACGCAUAAAUCAGAAAUCAGAAAACAGAAAUCAGUUAUCAGUAACCAGAAUCCAGAUGCCACUAUAACGAAAUCUAGCUACCAAUCGUUCGCUUGCUAAUGAAAUUUUCUUGUGUUUUCGAUUUCUUGUUGCUGCUGCCGUCGUUUGUCUAUGCAGCAAAGUGUUAAACGAACAAGCCAACAAACCAAAUACAAUUAACUAGAAACCGAAUCCAAAGCCGAAUUCGAAUCACAUCCAGAAGCAGAAUCAAAAGCAGAACCAGAGACAAGGGCAAGUCAGUCCAGCUAAGUACAGAGCCAGGAGACAGGACAAAGGAGCCAAGGAGCCAAGGAGCUGAAAGAAUUUUGAACAAUGUGCGUCGCGUUGCGUCGUAAUUUGUUGCUGCGGAGCCUCUGGGUCGUCCUGGCCAUUGGCACCGCUCAGGUUCAGGCCGCUUCGCCGCGAUGGGAGCCCCAGAUAGCCGUUCUCUGCGAGGCCGGACAAAUCUAUCAGCCGCAAUAUCUUUCGGAGGAGGGACGUUGGGUGACAGACCUCAGCAAGAAGACAACCGGCGCCACAUGUUUGCGUGAUAAAAUGGAUUUGCUUGAUUACUGCAAGAAGGCCUAUCCCAAUCGAGACAUAACCAAUAUUGUGGAGUCAUCCCACUACCAGAAGAUCGGCGGCUGGUGUCGUCAGGGUGCUCUAAAUGCGGCCAAGUGCAAGGGCUCCCACCGCUGGAUCAAGCCAUUCCGUUGUCUCGAAGGACCAUUCCAAUCGGACGCCCUGUUGGUGCCGGAGGGCUGCCUGUUCGACCACAUCCACAACGCCUCCCGCUGCUGGCCAUUUGUGAGGUGGAACCAAACCGGAGCGGCUGCUUGCCAGGAGCGCGGAAUGCAGAUGCGCUCCUUUGCCAUGCUCCUGCCCUGCGGCAUCUCGCUUUUCUCCGGCGUGGAGUUCGUCUGCUGUCCCAAGCACUUCAAGACCGAUGAAAUCCACGUGAAGAAGACCGACUUGCCGGUGAUGCCACCAGCCCAGAUAGCUAGUGCCAAUGACGAACUGGUCGUCAACGACGAGGACGAUAGCAAUGACUCGAACUACUCGAAGGAUGCCAAUGAUGACGAGCUGGACGACGAGGAUGAUCUGAUGGGCGAUGAUGAGGAGGACGAGAUGGUGGCGGAUGAGGCAGCUGCGGCAGGCGGAAGUCCCAACGCCGGAUCAUCGGGGGAUACCAAUAGCGGCUCCUUGGACGACAUAAAUGCGGAAUACGAUAGCGGCGAGGAGGGUGACAACUACGAGGAGGACGGUGCAGGUUCCGAGGGCGAGACGGAGGGUGAGGCCUCCUGGGAUCAGAGCGGAGGAUCCAAGGUGGUGGCCGUCAAGGGUGGCUCUGCCUCCGCGUCGCCGUCCAGCGUUCCGCUAGCUCCCGCCUCCGAAAAGAUGCCCCUUAAGUCGGACAUGGUCACCAGCACCCCUCAGCUUUCCGUUGCCGCAGCAGCAGCUGCCAAUGCUGGUAACUUGGGAGCUGGAGCUGCAGCUAGUGCCGGAGUUGUAGCCGGAGUACCACCACCAUCCACCGCUCAGCCAACUUCGGAUCCCUACUUCACCCACUUUGACCCGCACUACGAGCACCAGAGCUACAAAGUAAGUCAGAAAGAAGCCCAACAGCGCCUUGAGGAAUCGCACCGCGAGAAGGUCACGCGUGUGAUGAAGGACUGGUCCGAUCUGGAGGAGAAGUACCAGGAUAUGAGGCUAGCGGACCCCAAGGCAGCCCAAUCCUUUAAGCAGCGGAUGACGGCUCGCUUCCAGACUUCUGUUCAGGCACUCGAGGAAGAAGGCAACGCCGAGAAGCACCAGCUGGCCGCCAUGCACCAGCAGCGAGUUCUGGCCCACAUCAACCAGCGGAAGCGGGAGGCCAUGACCUGCUACACCCAGGCCCUCACCGAGCAGCCCCCGAACGCCCACCACGUUGAGAAGUGCUUGCAGAAGUUGCUGCGCGCCCUGCACAAGGAUCGGGCUCACGCCCUGGCCCACUAUCGGCACCUGUUGAACUCCGGAGGACCCGGUGGUCUGGAGGCAGCUGCUUCGGAGCGACCACGCACUCUGGAGCGACUGAUCGACAUCGAUCGUGCCGUCAACCAGUCGAUGACCAUGCUGAAACGCUAUCCGGAGCUGUCGGCCAAGAUUGCCCAGCUGAUGAACGACUA